GCAGAGUGCCAAAGAAAAGAGAGGGAAGAAAAAGAUUCGGAUUGCCAACAUUCAUCUAAACAAAGGUCUCACACGCACGCUUCCCAUUACCUGACCAUUUGCAAUGCCGAAAAUAAAAUUGACUUUUCGAGCAGCUGAAUUCUACUGGUCGUGGAAGCUUCGUGCAAGACAUUUCACGAGAAAAUGAAGAAACUUGGAAAGCCUGAAAAAAGCUCACCUACGAUGUCAAACGCCACUGUCUACUCUAUAAAUCAAACAUUGUCCCAUUCUUUCCAUAUUUUUCAUCAAAUCCGUCUCCUCUUAGAAGCUGAUUGAUGGCCCAAUUUCCUCCUCAUGAGAAAGGGGGCUCUCAUCAAGAUAUCGAAAAUGGCGGUGUCGAUGUUCCAGGGUCGUCAGAGAGUCUAAACGUUGCACCACCGUCGUUGGAAUUGAUGAUUACGAUCAUCAGUAUAGUAUGGAUGAUCGUGGCGUUCCUCUUGAAUCUCAGCUAUCCAAUCAGUGAUGGCAACAAAGUCCUGAACGCUUUAUACCAUCAGCAUAAGAUGUCCUUCUACUCUAUUGUCAUGAUCAGUGUCGCAGCCUUCUACUCCAUGUCCGUGUGGAUGAUGAUGAUAGUGGGAAGAUACCGGGCCCCCAUAGCCAGAAAUCUUAUCCUCAUUAUCUUGGUUCUUGGGGUGCUAGCCUCGACAGUGUUACUGUAUGCCCUGCUACCAGAGAAGUCCAGUUGGAUCGUAUGGUUCUUCUUUGCACUGACCAUCUGGGUCAUGUUGGAUAUGCAAGAGUGUCAGCGGGUCACCCAAUUGAAGGGCAAGAUUUGCAAGCCGGUUGAGGAAGGGUGUAAGUGGGCCACCCGAUGGACCAUAGACAAGAUUCACACCCUUUAUGGCUAUUGUUUCUGUUGUCUACCUAUUCACAGUCCCAGUGUGAGUUGUAGAACGAGCCAGAUGGUGGUAGUCAUCCUCAUCAUCAUAUUUGUAUGAGAUUUCUAUGCCGACGGAUCGUUUAUACAGAAGAUAUGAAGGAAGGAGGAGGAAAGUGAAGCCAAGGUUGAGCGCUUUUCAGUCAGGAGUGAGGGGUACAAGCUACGACUAUAGUAAAGAGUAGUAUUAAUGGACGACUGGUUUAGGGUCAUUGACCAAUAUUAUGUUUUAAUUUUUGAACCUUUCCAUUCUACUGAGAACCGACAGUUUGAUAAUUAUUAUGACUGGUUUUUAUUA